CCCAGACGAGGCAUCGUAAUAUACUCUCGCAUUGUCCGGCCCUUACGCGCAUGCCAUAUCCAACUGCCAUGUCCAAGCCAGGAUCGAAUCGCGCGGAUCUCGUGCAGGCCCCAAAGAAACCACACCGGUUCCGCUCCUUAACAGGGUGUUUGACAUGCCGUCGCCGCAAGAAGAAGUGCGAUGAGACGAGGCCGAAAUGCAUGGGCUGCAACCGCAACCACGAACAGUGCAUCUGGCCACCUGCCCCCGCACGCCGGAAUGGCCGGAACCCAGUGCCAAAGCGUACGAGCAGCCCAGAGGAAGUCAACCCGUCAGUUCCAUGGUUGAACCUCGCUGGCGCGUUUCUGUCUCCACUGAGAGCAUCCGCGCUGACGAAGACAUCCAGUAUUCUUUUUGCGCACUACCUAGCUGAGACGAGUGGCCUUCUGUCUGCCUUGCCGCGUGGUUGCGACAAUCCGUUCUUGACGGUUCUUGUGCCGCUGUGCUGCAAUGAUGAUCUGCUGAUGCAUUCGCUAUUGGCGCUCAGUGGUUCCCAUAUGGGACUCAAGAGUAGUGGGAUUGAGGUGUACACAGCCACGUAUCGACAUUACUCGAUCGCAAUAAGAACGCUCCGGGACUGUAUAUGUGAUCUCACAACGCCGGAUACGGCCCGGGCAAUGCGGAUCCUGAUAGUGCUAAUGAUGCUCUCUUUGUUCGAAAGCCUAACCGGCAAUGCUCAAGCAGCAAUGUUCAGCCAUUUGCGUGCAAGCCGCCAGCUCGUCCUCCAAUUAGUCAGUAGUCCACAGCAGUCUAGCUCGGAUGAUAGUAGCCGCCUGCUCUCCUUUGUGCUGGGAGUCUACAGAUAUCUCGUGCUCAUCAACAGCAUCACCCCUUUCGGCGCUAUCAGAAGCCGAGCUCUACCUGAUGACACAUUUCUUGAUGACUUUGUAAGCACCAUGACCCGUUUUGACACAAACGAGGCCAUCUUCGGUGGCAGUCAUGGCCUAUUCAGGGUUUUACCCUCCAUUGCAGCUCUCGCUGCUCGGCGUCUCACAGAGCAAGACCCUUCACCGGAGAGCUCAGAAAUGUACCAAGCACUCCAUGUCCGAAUAGCAGAGUGGAAAUCUCCAGAACCCAUUUUCCUCGACCAAAAAUGGCGAUCCCAAAGAGAAGCAGCACUUGCGCUUUGCCGUGAGGCCGCCUUACUCUAUAUGGAGACCGCAAUGUUUCCCAACGCACCAAGUGACACAUUGCUGCGGACCAGAAUCCAGGACCACGUAGAUACGAUUAUGUUACGCGCAGAACAGGCCGCCGGAUCCCCCUGCGAGAGCAUCCUCUUAUGUCCGUUGAUAAUUGCCGGCUCCUGCAUGGUGCGGACAGACCAGCGCCAAUGUCUCCAGGCUAGUCUGCGGUCUACUCGAUUCCACAUGGAUCACUACGUGCAGGCAGCUCAAUUGCUCGAGCUGGUCUGGAACGACCCCAGCGAACGUAUUUUUGGGCCAUACGGCCUGGGCAUUGUCAUGCAGCGUCAUGAGAUCAACCUGGGUGUUGCAUAAAUGUAUAACAAGGAGCAGCAAACAAUGCUGGUAAAACCC